GUCGCUUUGCGGUGUGAGAGAAUUUGUCGAGGCAGUUUGAAGGAUAACAGCAAGGUGCUACAACGCACCGCCGACUCGACCUUAAGAAUGGGAGCAACCAGCGUCGCCGCAUGUGCGGUGAUGCUCGCAAUCUGCCUGCCAGCCGUAUGUCAAGGCCAGCCGUACUGGGGUGGCUAUGGUUGGAGACCAGUGUGGCAGCCUUCUGUCAGUGCAGUAUGUGACCGCGCCUACCCUGUGAAUGAGGCCAGCGCAGUAAGGACAACUUGCCGGUACCCCUGCCAAGGCUGGCCUGUCCGGUACGGAAACGAGGAAGACGGCACACCAUGCCAACUGUCCUGGUGGCGACAAGGCUUCUGCUUCAGAGGCCGCUGCCAACGGCAGUACCUGGCGCCAGCGGUGCAAAGAGACGAAGACAACAACGUAGAAGGGCGCCAAGACCCUGUGCGUUUUCUGAUGUGUAGAAACCGACGGGAAAGAGUAAAGGUUGGCGGUGUUGUUCGGUCCUGCCAGUUCGUGUGCAAGCAAAGGAGGAACUCUUUCUUGGCAAAUGAGGAUAACGGAACACCAUGCUUGGCAUGGGGAGGAAAUGUUGGCUAUUGUGACCAAGGCACGUGCAAGGCCGUUGAACCUACCGCGGCGCCUACGGCAGCACAAACAACGUCUACAGAGCAAUCGACAACACCGCAGCUUCCAGUCGCUUCUUCCGCAGCUCCUGCGGUGCCAGCGGCUACGGCACAAGCAACCGAGGAUGAUGUUGCUCUAGUGCAAACCAGCAAACCCACAGCAGCAGUGACUGCAGCUGCCACACAAGCACCGGCGACUGCUGCUCCCGCGGCCAGGCCACCUUGGCGACCAGGUUUCGUCGGCGUGAAGUGUGACAGGGCUUACCCGGCUAGAGUGAGCAAUGGACAUGUGGCUAAGUGCCGCUUUCUGUGUCGAGGCUACCCUUCCUUCGGCAUUGGCUUUGAAGAGGAUGGAACACCAUGCUGGAGAAAGAAGACUCUAGAAGGCGUGUGCUUGGACGGCAAGUGCAAGCCCGUUGUUCUGACCACAGCAGCAACAACAGUGCAGCAAGAACGUACUACUACCGUCGCUACGACCACAAAUGGAGACGCCGUUACUGCCACUGAAGCAGGUGAAGAACCUACAACUCAGCUGGCAGCAGACACGGAAGGCGUAGAAACCAUAUCAACAUCCACAACCAGUGCAGUUCAAGAAGGUGGUUACACGAACGCUGAACAGGGCACCUCAGUCAGUGCAACUGAAAGCACAACUGUGAAUUCAGAAUUUGUGACAACUGAACAGCAGGUAAGCUCCUCUGACGAGCAGGCCACGACAGCGAACUCAGCACCGGCAGCAGAUGAUGAAGCGCACACCGAAGAUAACGUGAGCGAACCAGCACCAGCUGCGGAGACAGCAGUAUAUGAAACGACCGAGAACAACACUGGUCACUCGGUAGAGGACGUGACGAUUACCCAGGACCAGACCACCGGUGAUUCGUUGCCCAAAGGCACGGCUGCACCAGAAGAUGCGACAGAUAUUGCAGGAAGUGAGCAUGCUGGAACACCGUCAGGCGAUGAAGUCACAACGCACAGUGAAAGAGAAGGCAAAGGAGAUCAACAGACCACUGCCGCUGGACAAAUUACCGGUGAGGACGAGGAAGGGUCUGGUAACAUCGAAGAACUGUCUACAUCCAAAAUCGCUGGUGACGAAGUGACAAUUACACCGAUCAGUAGUACUGAGGAAACUGUGACUUUAGCUUCAGUAACUGAUACCAUCAUUGUAGACCCGUCUACUCAGUCAGCGUCCGAAGGUAGCGCCGACGACGAAGUUAAAUUGCAAACAGAAGGUCCACAGACAAGUCAGCCAUCCAUCGCGACCACAGGUUCCCAAGCUGCUUCAGAAGGAGACGUUGAGGCUGACGAUGCAAGUUCACCCACCGAGACGCAGCUUAAGACAGAAAGCUCGACGUCAGCCGUAACUGAAGGUGUUUUAGAAGAAGUUACUAAGACACAAAAUCCUGAGAAAGAAGUCACAGUUGACGUAACGGAAGCCACUCAGGAAAAUCCUAGUACUACUCCAACUAACGAAGGUGAAGAUGGGGAUCGCGCAGUGACAGAAGUUGUGUCUAGUGAGCCAGCUGACGUAGAACAUGCAACAGCGACUUCACAUGCAGUGAUUUCUGAUAUUCAACAAGAAGUGACGGAAGGCGUGACUUUAGCAACCACACGCGGGGCCACCGAAGCAACUACAGCUGCAGGGGAAACAGCGACUGCGAAAAUUAUCACAGUUGUCACUCGCAAAGAAAUCGUCCGUCCCGUAGGGCCAGAUGCCGACCAGUCAGACGCUACUGUGGUUGACUCCACUCGUAGCACCUACGUGGAAACAGUGCCCCUAUCACAAGUCAACGAAACGGUUGCAUCUAGCACAGCGGAAUCCGUGGUUUCAGUGUCCAGCGACAAUCCUGGCGUUGCUCCAGACGAAACGAAUACAGGAGUCGCAGCUAGCACUACAGUCGGUGUCUUUGUCAAUGAACCUGAAGUUGUGGCCACAACGGCUUUAGCCGUUGAAGCAGCCCAACCAGAAGAGAUUGUGACUGAAUUACCCGAAACUAAAGCAGCUUCCGUUAGGGAUGAGACCACUGAAGAAACGACGGUUGAGGACGAAUCAGCAACUGUCAAAAGUAUCACAACUAUUACUCGCAAGGAGAUCACUCGGCCGAUAGACGGAGACGCUAGCCAACCUGAAGUAACUUCAGUCGACGCGCAGGGAACCACAUCCGUGGAGACAUUGCCUCUUUCAGAAGUAGACAAAACAAGUGCUUCUGAUCCCACAGAUUCUGCCGUGGCUGAAUCCAGCGAAAGCGUAAGUGAUAGCCCGGACCACACGGGCGCAGCUGUCUCUGUAUCCGGUGACCCUACAGCUAGUGCGACAAGUUCCACGGAAGAAGCGUCUCAGGUUCUGCAAGAUGUCACUGAAGUAAGCUCUAUUGCUGCUGCAAAUGAAGUCUAUGAGAGCACGACUGCUGCUGCUGAGUCAGCCACUGUAAAGGUUAUAACAACUAUUACUCACAAGGAAAUUGUUCGUCCAAUUGGUUCGGACGACUCUCAGUCUGACGCCAAUGUGGUUGACAGCUCGAAAACCACCUCUGUGGAGACAUUGCCCGCAUCGCAAUUAGAAGGAGCUGACAAGUCUAGCCCGGCGGAAUCAGAAGUUCCCUCUCCCAGUGAGACCAGCGUUCAAUCCAACGAAGACGCGGCAGCCAGUGACGCAGUAAGCAGCCGACCAUCGAUAGUCAUUACUGAUUUCGUACAAAAAACAGCGUCUUCUUCAAAGGACUCCGUUACGGCACCUAGCACAGAGGAGCAGGCUACCACCUUGCUCUAAAUUACCACUACACUGAGCUUUGAGUCUGAAAAUCUCACGUAAGGGCAAUUUGGAAUCGGUGCUACAUCGGAGGUACACCAAGACUAAAAGCAUUCCCUACGCACCCAUCAGCACUUGCAGCAAAAUCAAUUGCAUUUAGUGUCGCUGUUUGUGUGCACUGAAUAAAAGCACAAUUCUAUUUGUUUCGUAAAAUGCGAGACUGGAAUAAAGGUCUGAAUGGUAAUAA